AUGGGGACCCUCAGCUGCGACCCCGCCCUGCGGCCGACCACCGCACCCCUGGGCCGGCGGGCCCCCCAGUGCCAGAUCCCAGAGACUGGCCUGAGGAAGUCCUGCCGGACGGCCACCAUGGAGAACGGCUCCGGGCCCGGCUUGUACGUCCUGCCGUCCACUGUUGGCUACACCAACCACGACUGCACCAAGGUGGCUGGUCCUGCCUACUCGCUCUUCCCGAGGCCCAGUGAGGCGUCUCCGCAGGACACCAGCCCCGGGCCCAUCUACUUCCUGGACCCGAGCGUCACCCGGUUUGGCCGAAGCUGCACCCCUGCGUUCUCCAUGCAGGGCCGGGGCAAGUGUCGGGGUGUGGAGGUGACGCCGGGCCCCGGGGCCUACAGCCCAGAGAAGGUGGCCCCUGUGCGCCAACGGACGCCCCCAGCUUUCACCCUGGGUGGGCGUCUGCACCCGCAGCCCCUGGACACCUCAGCCCCCGCCCCCAACACCUACACCCUGCCCUCCCUCUGGGGCUCCCAGAUCUUCACCAAGCCGAGGAGCCCCAGCUACUCCGUGGUGGGCCGCACGCCCCCCGCCCGCCCCCCGCAGGACCCCGCCGAGAUACCGGGCCCGGGCCAUUAUGACAGCCCGGACCCCAACGCCUACCGUCCGCGCCGGCCCGCCUUCACCAUGCUGGGGCGGCCCCGGGCCCCGCGCCCCCCGGACGAGACGCCCGGCCCGGGCACCCACAGCCCCGAGCAUGUCACUGUCACCAAAGCCAGGGCCCCGGCGUUCACCAUGGGCAUCCGCCGCGCCUGA